AUGCAAGUCAACAUCAUUAUGUCGGACAAGUACCUAGCGGCCGCGGCGCCGUCGUCCCGACGCCGGCCUCUCGCAGUCAAUACAGGGAAGCGGCGGAAACUUGAGAAGGCGGCACGUUACGACUCCUCUCUGAUCCCCCUCACAAUGGCCGCCGCCCCGCUCCUCUCGCUCCUAGUUUCCCUCCUCUCCAUCAAUGGCGCCGCCGCCGUCGGCCGCCACCUGGCGCAAUCUCCAGCCUCCGCACCCGAAAUGUCAGCGCCCGCCCCUUUUGUUUCUGCACCCGCUCCUGUCAUCCCCCCCCUUGCCUCAGCCCCAGCUACCCCCCCGGUAGAGGCUCCCGCACCCGCACCCGCUCCUGGCGCCCCCGCCCCUGCGCCGCUCACUCCGAUUGCACCAGUUGACCCCUGUUUUGCGAGUCUGGGGGGGAACAAUGUGACGGUGUUGAUGGUUGCUGACCCGGGCUCGUUUUCCGGCUCUGCAGAGGCCAAAUAUCUAGAGCUCAACAUGGUCAACAAGGUGGAGCUGGCGCAAGGCAACAGCUACUGCCCCACCAAAUUCACCGGAACCAUCAUGGGCCAGCAAAUCCUGCUCGUGACAACCGGCAUCGGCCCCGGUCAGGCGAGCAUCUGCACGCAGGAGAUUCUGCAGUGCGCGAGCCACGUUCGGGAGAUUGUCUAUUCGGGCACCUCGGGGUGGUCCCUUCAGAAGGGCGGCGUGCUCAACGACGAUAACUGCAACACCGUCAACAACUCAACCGCCGUGAACCGCAUCGGCGACCUGUGCGUGUCGCCCUUCAGCGUCAACUGGGACUGCAAGCAAACCGACUGGAACCAACAAUGCGCCAGCUUCCCGAACCUGUGCUACCAGCCCACCGAGAUCUUCUCCAUCAACGCGACCUUUUUGUACGGCGAGUGUAUUUUCACCCAGGCCAUCCCGGCCUCGCUGGCCCUGGCCGCGGAGAUUGUGAAUGCGUCCCGGGCGCCCAGUUUCGCGCUCAACACGCCGGUGCGCAUCUCGAACGUGUCCGCGGUCGAAACUCGUUUUUGGGCGACGAUGCAGAACCAGACCGGGGUGCCGUACGCGUACAACGGGAGCGCGCCGCCGGCGGUUUACGACUACACGCAGUGCGCGGAGGUCGACUCGCAGUUCUUCUUCUCGGGCGCCCCCUUCGAGAUGGUCGCGCGCGACUACGUGGCGCGCACGAUCAACCAGGCGCUCAACACGACGCUCACCAAAAAGGACGUCCAGAUCGCAAACGCUAUGGAGAGCAUCGGGCUCGCUAUGCCCAUCGAGCGCUACAACGGGUUCAAUUCCACGGUCCGCAAGAUUCCGUACACGGUCAUCCGCGGAAUGUCCAACGGCCUGCACGGAACGGUGAGGCAGUCCGCACCGGGGGUGUGGGUACCGGGUACCGUGGUACCCAGCGACUUCACGAACGGGUACGGCUUCGCGAUCGCGAGCUUCUCGUCGCUUAUCAUGACGUGGCUCCAGAACCGGUGCCUCACGGGAGUGGGCGCCGGCAAUACGACCCUGUGCAGCUUCUCGCUGGCGGCGUAUGGGGCGCCUGGCGGCAUCGCUUCGUCUGAGGCGAAUUGACGGUCGAGAUAGAGGGACUUCGUAAUUGAUGGUCGAGCUGGUAAGUGUUGGAGGGCUCAGGGGUAGCUGAGGGAGACUCGGACGGUCGUGGUGGAGACAGCUUAACGAUUGACGGUCCCAAUGGAAGGUGGUUGAUCGGACGGUCAAGAUGGGCUCUCCUUACGUUGGCGGUCGCGAGGUGAAGCCUUAUAAUUGUCGGUGUUGUAGAUUCAUACGUAUGGAAAGUACGACGUGACUGCUGUCGAGUUUGGUUAUUCUCCCGUUGAUUUAGAGGUACGGUCGGGAAACGGGCUGGAAGGUCAAGCUGGGUUAGGCGCAGUCGGGGGCAGGGUUAGAGCUUAUCAUGGUCCACAUCUGCUGCAGCAGUCUACUUAUAUUGUCGGCACUUUUUGGUUAAAGUAUUGACCCGCGCCUUCUUAACACCAAGUAGCAUCAGAAGUCAAACGGGGCGCAAAGCGGUCCUAGUUGCGUUGGCGCGGGUGUAAAUAAUAAAAAAGGUCGUUGCGUUAGCUGCUCGUCGUAACUUAUGAAGUCGUUGUGCACGCUCGAACGAGUCUGGCAAUAUUGUUUUCCGGGCAAGCUUGGGGCAGGCCUGGCUGCAUACUUGAGGAUUACCGCAGUUUGAUCGUGCAGAAUCCAUCCACCUCAUCCAGGCAAUUUUCGGUGCAUAUCAUUCACGACGUACGGUUCGACGGGUAAAGCUAUGCCGGCUGAAUUUGAUGUCUUAUGCUUAAAUCCCUUGAUUGAGAUCUGCA